AUGGUCGGCCCGGAAGACGCGGUAUCGCCAUUAGAAGGUCUCAAUUGCGAACAACGCCAGGUGUUUUGUGAGAGAGAGGAAGAGCUGCGAGACGAGCAUGAGGAGUAUCUGAGACUUCAUCCCGAGUUGAGGCAAGUCCUGAACGAUUUUAUUGCUGCAAACCUGUUGCACCAGCCG